AUGAACCCCGACUCAGAGUCCGAAGUCUAUGAACAGCUGGAACUGCCCGAUGCUGAAUCCGAAGACCAGCAUCUUAUUCGAACUGGAUUCGGAGAGAUACCAGAAUCGAAAUCUCGACUCCACCGGCGCUCCCUCAAGGUGCCGAUCAAACUUGUAUCGGCCACUAUCACAGUAUUGUUGGCUCUUGCGCUAUUAGCCCUCGUGUACACUCAGUGGCCGCCCUCACCCUGGAAAGACUGCGGGAAUUCCCCCGAAGAAGCCCGAAGAAGGGGGUGUAAUUUCGAUAUCAUGUCGUUUUCCUGGGUGCUCGAGCCAUGCGAUGAUACCGAGCUAACCGAGGAGUUUCUGGGACUGGAAGAUUGGCAGUGGUUUACUGAAUUUAACGGUACGGAGACAGUACCUAAGGAUGUUGUUGGCGCUGGGGAAUUGGACCUGUGGGUUAGCUGGAAGUAUCACAUCAUUCACUGCACUUACAUGUGGAGGAAGAUGCAUCGAGCCAUGGAGCGGGGAAGACCCAUGGACAGUCAUCUACGGUCCUACAAUCACACCGUGCACUGCAGCCAGAUGCUGUUGUACAAUUGUGUGGCGGAUAUGGUGACCACCAGAGCAUAUGUCCGAUAUCCGCGCUGUGGAUAG